ACUACUGCAAACACCAGACGUCUGGAAUGGCGGAAGAAUUCUGAAGUUCAUUUGCAGGAUCACGUUUGUUAUUGCAUCAUAGUUUAUCUAGAUUCUACCGACAACAUUGUGUUGCUAUUUAGCAUCUGCUUUAAAAGAAGGCUAAAAUGGUGCUAAGUUUCAAUCGAAUGUUUUUAUUUUUGGUUUCCCGCUUGUUGUUCAUUUUCUUUUCACGAAAAUGGAAACGGUACACCUUAGCAGUAGUUAUGGCUGGCGUAAUCUUGUACAUCCAUUCAGAAAGAACAAGCCUAAUCAACUUCGACAUUGACGAUGAUCUCAUCUACCAGCAGAUCGUCAAAGAAAAAGGGGCGAGUACGUUGGCUUCGUUGAAAGCCGGGAUCACUGUCCACGUUAGUAUGCUUCUCCUUUUCAUCAGUACUGACCCUCACGCCUCAGCCAAUGUUAAAGACACGAUCAUGUGGAUUUUGGUCCACAGCUCCGCCCCCAUUCAUUUCCACAUUUUAAGUGACCGCAACAGCAUCGCUGUGAUUGACACUAUCAUGACGCGUGUUGAGCGCCGAGCCGACUGUCGCUUUGUAUACACCAUUGAGGCAAUCGACAGUGUCUACGAACAGCUACUGGAUCAUUUAAAAACGAAUGUACCGAAUCUCAAGAUUGACGCAGUUAAAGACCACGUGGCAACUCAGAUGUUGCCGCUUAUUUUGCCAUGGCACUACGACCACCUAGGUCGCAUGAUAUUCAUCGGCAAUAAUAUCAAAUUCAGGGCUGAUAUUGUCGAAUUGUACGAGCAUUUCGACCGUUUCAAGCCACAACAAGGGAUUGGACUGACGUUGGUACAAAACGCUAAAUUCGCAGCGGCUUUUUCAGUUCAUCGGUACUUGCAACCAAAUUCUAAUUUGGGUCUCUCACCUCCUCACGGCUGGCCGGGCUUCAACACAGAGUUAAUGCUUCUCAAUUUGAAAGAGAUGCGUCAAACGAAUUUUUUCAAACGCUAUCUGGAUUUGGAAAAUCAGUUCCCUAUACUGAUGAAAUACGAUUUUAAAAGCCGCCACAUUUUACCCCAAAUGGAUGAAUGGUUAACAUUAGUCGGUGUAGAAAAACCUGAACUUUUCUUCACCUUGCCUUGCCAAUGGAACGUUCAACAAAUUAUGGAUUCUGACGCUUUCGAAUAUUGCCGUAGUGACAUCAAAGCCAUGGCCUUUAACAUGUGAGAAACGAAAGAAAUUCCCCCUCCCCCCCAUCGAAACGCAAAUAAAUCAAGAGAAAUUGA